AUGAUCUCUCCUGUCCACUCAACUUUGACGACACCCGCAGCUUCGCCCACCCUCGCCCACACACUUCCGCCCACAUCACCCCUCUCCGACUCCGAGUAUACCCCAGGUGACGACGUUCGUCCCUGUCCCGUCUCUAAGCUGGCCGACGAGGAUGAAAGCGACAGCCAUGGGUCUACCAACAUGCAUCUCCCACCGCCAAUGAAAACCAGAGACCGACUGAAGCAUUUCAAUGGCAUGCUAGUCUUUUUUAUGAUAUAUAUGGCACUAUGUGCUUUCAACUAUGGCUUUGAUGUCGGCACCUUUAGUGGUGUCCAAGGCAUGCACAGCUUCUCUCGACGCUUUGGCGAAUACAACGAGAGGAAAAACAUCUUUGCCAUCCCCGCAUGGCUCCUCUCCAUCAUGACUGCCACUCCCUUCCUGGGCAAGGCUGUCGGUUGUGCCAUUUGCGGUCCCGUUGCUGAGAAAUGGGGUCGGAAAUUCGCCAUCUUCGGUCUCUGCAUCUUGUCCUUCAUUGGCGUUACACUUCAGACUUCGGCCGCCUCGGCCGCUCAGUUUACAGUCGGCCGUGUCUUUACCUUUGCCAUGACAGGCAUGACUAUUGUCGUCGUCCCCAUCUUCCAAGCUGAAGCCUCGCCUCGCGUUCUUCGCGGCAUGUUCGGCUCUACAAUACAGGCCAUGGUGCUCUUUGGCCAAGUCAUUUCCACUCUCGUCACAUACGGUACCGAGACGAUAGAGAGCGCGGCCGCCUGGCGCAUACCCAUCGGUCUGCAGUUUAUCGCACCGUGCCUGCUUUUGGCCAUGCUUUACUUUUUACCCGAAUCCCCUCGCUGGCUGCUGAGCCGAGGUCGCCGCGAAGAAGCCAUUCACAGUCUCGCCAAGUUCCGAAAGAAGGCCACUCUCGAGGAAGUCGCCGUCGAGUUGAACGGCAUAGCUCUUUCUCAUCACAGAGAAACCCAGGGAACCUGGUCCGAAGUUUUCAAUCAAGAAAACCGUCUGCGCACCGCCGUCGCCACCCUCGCCAUGUUUGGUCAGCAAAUCACUGGCCAAGCCUUUGCCUCACAAUAUGCCGUCGUCUUCUACCAGUCUCAAGGCUUUGGAACGUCGGCUUUUCUUUUCAACGUCAUCAACAGCGUAAUUAGCUUGCUCGCUGUCAUGAUUACAUGGCUUUUCGUCGACUCGACUGGGCGCAGACCCGUUCUGCUCAUCGGCGGCACUUUCAUGGCUGUCUUCUUCUUCAUCUUUGGAGGCAUCGGUAGCAUACACGAAGAUAGCAGAAGCGGAGCCAUGACAAACCUCAUGGUAGCCUGCCUCAUGCUCUUCUACUUCUUUUACAACCUGUCAUGGGCCCCCGUCUCCUUUAUUGUGGUAUCUGAGAUUGCCGCACAGCGCGUCCGAGAAAAGACGAACCUUUUCGCGUGCGUCAUUUCCGUACUCACGACCUUUACGACUUCGUUUACGAUUCCAUACCUCAUCUCCGACAAGUACGCCAAUCUCGGGGCCAAGGUCGGCUACAUUUACGGAUCCACGAGUCUCAUCAUGGUCAUUGCUACGUACUUUUGCAUCCCUGAGCUCAAAGGACGCACGUUGGAGGAGGUCGACCAGUUAUUUGCGAGCGGCAUGCCGCUUCGUGAGUUUGGGAAAAUACCCACGCACAGCCCGCAAGAUGUGUACCGCAUCGAAUUAGAGCGGCAGAGAAGACUGGACGACGAGGCACGGCAGAUAGACGCAAGUAUGCCCAUCGGGACAACAGCUCAACCGGGUGGCACGAAUGAAAAGGCAUCAGCCGGCCACUCGGGACACGAAGUUGUGUAA